GUACAUUUUUCGCCAAAAUAAUAAUAAAAGUGAAAAAUUUUUUUUGUUAAUAUACGUUUAUUUGUUGUACAAAGGAGAAAAUGUUAUUAAACUGAUUGGCCGUCCCAGCAUUUUCGUGACCCCCGCUCCAAAAACAACAAAAUAGAACGGCCGCCAGCAACAACAAGGUGCAGUAAAUAUUCAGUGCGCUGCGCCUUCUAUCGCCUUCUUUAACCGCCAAUUGCACCUGCUCCUGCCCACUAACCAAGACAAAAAGAAGCGAUUACUCCAAGCGCCAGCGGAAGUGAAAUGAUAAAGUCCACCACGAAUCCACAGGAACAGCGUCUGCCACGCCCCGAGGAUCAGUCGCCAGCGCCGCCGCCGCCCCCCUCCUCAGCCACCUCCACCACCGCCCCUGCCACCCCCACGCACCAAGUGGCCACCGUGAUAGCCAACAUGGACACCCUGAAGACCGCCUUUCUGCCCAAUCUCAGCAUGGAUCCCAAUGUGCACGUGUCGCCGCACUAUUGUCCCAUGUGCCACCAGCAGUUCGAGCGGCCGCAGCAUGUCGCGGAUCACAUGCAGCUGUGCCACGGGAUAACGCUGAACGCCCAGGGAGCCAUCGCCACGCUGGACGGUGGCCAUCCGCAGGCACAGCAGCACCCCAAGCUCAGCCACCCCUGCUUCAAUUGUGAUGAAAAGUUUGGCAACGCCGUCGACCUGGACGAACACCAUCGGCUGGCUCAUCAGACGUCCGCCUUCCUGGCCCGCUGCCUCAUUUGCAGCAUCUAUGGCAUCCACUCGGCCACUCAGCAGCCCAACGAGUACAAAUGCACGCAGUGCGGCUCCAUUUGCACCACCGCCAUGCUGGCCGCCGGACAGCAGGGCUUUAUGGAACAGCAGGAGGCGGCGGUGACGCCCGACGACCAGCUGCCGUCGAUGGCGCCCCGUGAUAUGAGACUGACGCCCGAGGAGCAGCACCACCAGCAGCAACUGCAGGCGGAGCACCACCAUCAGCAACAGCACCAACAACAGCAGCAGCAGCAGGAACUGCUGGAGCAGCAGCAGCGUGAAAUGCAGGAGCAGGCGCAACAGCAGCAGGUGCAUCAUCACCAGCAGGAUCAGGAUCUCGCCGGCGACCAGGUGGCGCUGAAGGUGCCACCGCUCACCGUCAAGCUAAACAAGAAUGCCAACGGUGGCGCCAUUGUGGCCCACCCGCAGGUCAUUAUCAAGGAGGAGCCACUCAGCCUGAGCGAUAGUGGUGAUGUGGUCAACUCUGUGCCCGUCUAUGCCAUACAAGCCAAUCCCGGUGUACCCGCUCCGGCCAGUUCGGGUGUGCUAGUCGGCACGCAAACGGUGGCCGCCGAUCUGGCGCACAAGAUCCGGCACAAAUGCCCGGAUUGUCCAAAGACCUUCAAGACGCCCGGCACUCUGGCAAUGCACCGCAAGAUACACACAGGCGAAGCAGACGCCACGCCCAAAGAACGCCCCUACACGUGCUCCUACUGCGGCAAGUCCUUCACUCAAUCGAAUACACUAAAACAGCACACUCGCAUACAUACAGGAGAGAAGCCGUUUCACUGCGGGUACUGCGAGAAGUCCUUCAGCGUGAAGGACUAUCUGACCAAGCACAUACGGACGCACACCGGCGAGAAGCCGUACACCUGUCCGUACUGUGACAAGCGUUUCACGCAGCGCAGCGCCCUUACUGUGCACACGACCAAGCUGCAUCCGCUCUAGGGAAGGCCGGGCGGUGGCCGCCAGAUACCCGUUCCUGCCCCAGCCGCUCCUCCUCCUCCUCCUGGUGCGCCGCCGCCGUUGUCCGCCGACACGGAUACAGAUCCCAAGAAGCCAUCUGCAGCGGCUGCGGCAUCGGCUUAGGACGCUAAGAGCUGCAGCGGAAACGGGAUGAGCAACCCAAAAUGAAAGACCAUUUCAAAGACGAGACACACUCACGUACAUGGGUGUUAACUGCAGCGGAUGCAACGCAACCAACGACUGGCAAAUCUCUUCGCAGUGCUGCUAGAUUAAAUUACUAAAUUAGAUACUUUCAUUUCGGUUAACAGAGAAGCAGAAACACAGUUGUACUAAAUUAGCAUACAGUUCGUAGAAUGUUUAAGUUAUUGCAAUCGAUUUUUGAUUCUUAUUAUUAUUUGGUUAUGUAGAUGUUUUGCAAUUUUAUUUUUAUACACCUAUGUAUAUCGUAUAUAAUAUUUUGUUAUUCAUUGAGAUUUUAUAUGGUGACUCCUUAGCGCACACUCACUUACGCGCGGCGCUAUACCUACACACCGAAAAAGCUACACCACUACACAC